UUAUUUUUUCCGAUUCAGCGACUAUAAAUACCAGACCUUUACGGACAAUUAAUAAGCCAUCCCUCCCAUCCCACAGUAAAUUAAGAAGUUGGAAAAUUGUGCAUGGUUGAAUUCUAAUUUCAACCCUUCAAUUAUCCCAAGCACCUCUAUAGUCGAUCAGUAGAGGCGAAGAAGAUGGCGGCGAACGGUGAAUUCAGCUUCAGGAGCGGCGGUGUGAAAGGGCGGAACGGGCUGCCGAAGAUUCACACGGACAAAAAGGCUGUAGAUGAGAAGGACAUCUGCCACGAUGACAGCGCGACGCCGGUGAAGGCGCAGACGCUCGACGAAUUGCACUCUCUUCAGAUGAAGAAGUCGGCGCCCACCACCCCCAUCCAGGCGGCGCUCGGCCCCUUCGCGGAGGAGGAACGCCACAAACAGCAGCUCCAAUCCAUCAGCGCGUCUCUGGCAUCGCUGACGCGGGAGACGGGGCCGAAGGUCGUGAAGGGAGAUCCGGCGAGGGCGGCUGAGACGCCGCGGGUGUCGGCUGUGAGCCACCACCACUUCGAGCCCACGCUCGACAUCAGUGAUAGCGGCCUUAAGUUCACUCACAUCCUCUAUAAUCUCUCCCCUGCUGAACUGUAUGAACAAGCUAUAAAAUACGAAAAAGGAUCGUUUAUUACAUCGAGUGGCGCAUUGGCGACGCUCUCUGGGGCGAAAACUGGACGAUCUCCGAGAGACAAGCGUGUUGUCAAAGAUGAAACCACAGAAGAUCUUUGGUGGGGGAAAGGCUCACCCAAUAUUGAGAUGGACGAGCACACUUUUAUGGUUAAUAGAGAGAGAGCCGUGGAUUACUUGUGCUCACUCGAAAAGGUAUACGUGAACGAUCAGUUCCUUAACUGGGACCCAGAGCAUCGCAUCAAAGUGAGGAUCGUCUCUGCAAGAGCCUAUCAUUCUCUGUUUAUGCACAACAUGUGCAUUCGACCUACCCCGGAAGAGCUGGAGAGUUUUGGCACGCCCGACUUCACCAUAUACAACGCGGGGCAGUUUCCGUGCAACCGAUACACUCACUACAUGACUUCCUCGACUAGCAUAGACUUGAAUCUUGCUAGGAGGGAAAUGGUGAUCCUCGGAACUCAAUAUGCUGGGGAGAUGAAGAAAGGGCUCUUCAGCUUAAUGCACUAUCUCAUGCCUAAGCGCGGUGUCCUCUCCUUGCACUCCGGCUGCAAUAUGGGCAAGGCCGGAGACGUAGCCCUCUUCUUUGGAUUAUCAGGUACUGGUAAAACAACCUUGUCUACGGAUCACAACAGGUACUUGAUUGGAGAUGACGAGCAUUGCUGGAGUGACAACGGCGUCUCCAAUAUCGAAGGUGGCUGCUAUGCGAAAUGCAUAGACUUGUCAAGAGAGAAAGAACCGGAUAUUUGGAACGCCAUCAAGUUUGGAGCCGUUGUCGAAAAUGUGGUGUUUGAUGAACACACGCGAGAGGUGGACUACUCAGAUAAAUCCGUCACAGGUAAACACUCUAAAAUGCCUUUGUGCACCUUCACAUUGAUUAGACCGACAGUCCGUAGAAUUGAGUAUUUUGAAAGAUUACAUGAUCAAACGAGCUCAGAAAUUAUUUUUAUCUAUCUAAGCGAACCUCUCGCCUUUUCUAUCUCAGAGAACACGCGAGCGGCCUACCCGAUCGAGUUCAUUCCAAACGCAAAGAUACCGUGCGUUGGUCCUCAUCCGAAAAAUGUGAUUCUAUUGGCGUGCGACGCUUUCGGCGUGCUUCCUCCCGUCAGCAAACUCAACUUGGCUCAAACCAUGUACCACUUCAUAAGCGGCUACACUGCCCUGGUUGCCGGCACAGAGGACGGCAUAAAGGAGCCUACGGCUACAUUCUCCGCAUGCUUCGGUGCAGCUUUCAUCAUGCUUCAUCCCACCAAGUACGCCGCCGUGCUGGCUGACAAGAUGCAGAAGCACGGCGCCACUGGCUGGCUCGUCAACACUGGCUGGUCCGGUGGAAGCUAUGGCUCGGGAAGCCGGAUCAAGUUAGCUUACACAAGGAAGAUAAUCGAUGCCAUACAUUCCGGGGAACUGCUGAAGGCGAGCUACGUGAAGACGGAGGUAUUCGGGCUCGAGAUACCGACGGAAGUUGAGGGAGUUCCUGCAGAAAUACUUAAUCCUGCUAAUACAUGGGGUAACAAGAAGGCACAUGAGGAAACUCUUCUUAAGUUAGGAGGGCUUUUCAAGAAGAAUUUUGAGGGGUUCCUGAGCUAUAAGAUUGGGACAGACAGCAAGCUAACUGAGGAGAUCCUAGCAGCUGGCCCAAAUUUCUGAAUCUGGAGAGAGUUUGAAAGUAUGUGUGUUGAGAUUGGUCUUUUGUUUUAAAUAUAUCAGAAUGUGGUUGUGCUGGGUUCUUUCUCUUUGAGUGAAUAAGAAUGUUGAGUUUGUAUGGCUAAAACACAUUUCCAAGUUGACUUAUUUAAAGGGAUGUAAAUUUGUUACCCUUGAGUUAUUUGAAACUCGAUUCUUUAAAA